GCCUGCCUGAAGGAGGCAAACGGUGGCGUGAGUCGCGUACCUACCCAGAGGUUGUCGACGGAGAGUGUGGUGCUGACGGUGAUCUUCGUGGGCGAGCUGGCGCAGGAGGUGUAGUUCGGCACCAUCGUCUUGACCCAAUGGUGUUUCUGUAGCGUCAAGCAGCAGCAGUUCUUGGACCCAAAAAUUCACCAGGUGAUGUGAAAUUUGAAGUUGAACUGAAUCACCUCGUGUUGCAGAAAUCACGUUUUUCCUGACCAUUCCGCAUCCUGAAAGGCCAUGAGGUCGUUGCGGUUUGCGGCAGUGGCAGUGAUGGUGGUAGUACUGUGUCCCGCAGUGACGACCCCGGCUCCUUGCAGCUCAGGGGACGCAGACUACGACUAUGACGAAGUGUUGCAUAAAUCCCUACUGUUCUACGAGGCCCAGCGCUCCGGGUUCCUCCCUACCUCGCAGAGGGUGACGUGGCGGCGAGACUCGGCCACAGACGACGCCAUUGACCCAGACACCAACCAGCGAAUUGACCUGGAGGGAGGCUACUAUGACGCCGGUGAUUACGUUAAGUUCGGUUAUCCGAUGGCUGGAGCGGCGACCAUGCUGGCCUGGGGCGUUGUGGAGUACGCCGAGGCUUACAAGGCAGCAGGUGAGAUGGCCAACAUGCGCGCCGCCGUGAAGUGGGCUACGGACUACUUUAUAAAGGCCCAUGUUGCGCCCAAUGUCUUCUACGGUCAAGUAGGGAUUGGAGAUUUGGACCACGCAUACUGGGGUCGUCCUGAAGACAUGAACAUGAACAGACCCGCCUACAAGAUCACGGAGAGCAAGCCUGGCUCUGACCUGGCCGGGGAGACAGCCGCUGCCCUCGCUGCCGCUUCCAUUCUCUUCAAGGACUCGGAUUCCGCCUACAGUGAUAGCUGCCUCCUGCACGCACGGCAGCUGUAUAGUUUUGCCAAUAACUUCCGGGGGAAAUACUCCGAUUCUAUUCCCGAUGCGGCCAAGUUCUAUAAAAGUUGGGGAGUUUAUGACGAUGAACUGGCCUGGGGAGCGCUGUGGCUGUACCGAGCCACUGGCGAGGAGACAUUCCUCACGCAGGCAAAGGCUCACUACUCGAAUAUCUACAUCAGCGGCGUGCAAGAGUUUUCUUGGGCUGAGAAGACUCCCGGAGCCAUGGUGUUGCUAGCACAGUUGACUGACGCACCCGAGAAACAGACAUAUCUUCAGCAUCUCGAAAGUUUCUGCAACAAAAUCAUCAAUGAAAAACCUAGAACUCCCAAAGGUCUUGUUUACCUUAGCCAGUGGGGCUCCCUGAGAUAUGCCGCCAACGUGGCUUUCGUGUGCUUGAGAGCAGCUGACUUGGGAAUCAAGAGCGAAGAGUACCGGGCAUUUGGCAAGCAGCAGAUUCACUACAUGCUGGGGUCCACGGGCCGCAGCUUCGGUGGUUUCGGCAACAAUCCUCCGCAGCGGCCACAUCACGCCAGCAGUUCUUGCAAGGACCCGCCUGAACCUUGUUCUUGGAAUGAUUUCACCAGUCCAGACCCAAACCCACAUAUCCUUUAUGGCGCUCUGGUCGGCGGUCCGGGCCAAGAUGACAGCUAUGCUGACGUGAGGAGCGAUUAUAUCAAGAAUGAAGUGACCUGUGAUUACAACGCUGGAUUCCAGUCCGCUGUGGCUGCUCUGCGGCACCUUGCAGGGUGCGGCGGCAGCACGGUGACCACAGCCGCCCCAGACACCACCACCACUGCACCGGUGACGACACGACCUUCCGGCACCACCACGCAGCCUCCGACCACGACCAAGGUUCCCACCACGACCAAGGCUCCCACAACGCCUGGCCCUCAGCCCACCACGGAUGGUGGAGGCUCCUCCAGUUGUGACAUGAGUGACAUGGUACAGCAGACAAAUGAGUGGUCAGGAAACUUCCAGGCGAAUCUGGUGGUGAAGGUUCCUGUCGACACUCAGUCGUGGUCCAUCACACUCACCUUCUCUAGUACAGUGACUCAGUUCCAGGUGUGGGCGGCCUAUGCCUCAGCCACGCCCAGCACCACCAUCACACUCACCAACAAGUCAUACAACGGCGUGCAGACGGCCGGGAACACGCUCACCAUCAGCUUCAUUGCCAGCUAUAGUGGCGCAAAGCCCCGAGUGACUUCCAUUACCUUCAACGGCACUCCGCUGUGCAGCACAGGGACCACAGCUGCACCAGACACCACUACUACAUCAACAACAACAACAACAACUACAACAACAACAACAACAACAACAACAACCAAGGCUCCCACAACGCCUGGCCCUCAGCCCACCACGGAUGGUGGAGGUUCCUCCGGCUGUGACAUGAGUGACAUGGUGCAGCAGACAAACGAGUGGUCAGGAAACUUCCAGGCGAAUCUGGUGGUGAAGGUUCCUGUCGACACUCAGUCGUGGUCCAUCACACUCACCUUCUCCAGUACAGUGACUCAGUUCCAGGUUUGGGCGGCCUAUGCCUCCGCCACGCCCAGCACCACCAUCACACUCACCAACAAGUCGUACAACGGCGUGCAGACGGCCGGGAACACACUUACAAUCAACUUCAUUGCCAGCUAUAGUGGUGCCAAGCCCGGGGUGACUUCCAUCACCUUCAACGGCACUCCGCUGUGCAGCGGGGAUACCACAGCUGCAGCAAAAACAACGACAUCCUCCAGCACUAAAACCACCACUAACGGAGUCUCUACUGAAUGUGCCGCAGUCCAGCAGACAAACGAGUGGUCUGGAAACUUCCAGGCAAAUCUUGUUGUAAAGGUUCCUUCUGAUACAGACUCGUGGUCCAUCACACUCACUUUCUCAAGGACUGUGACAAAUUUCCAGGUGUGGACGGCCGAUGCCUCCGCCACGCCCAGCACCACCAUCACACUCACCAACAAAUCAUACAACGGUUCACAAAUGGCUGGGAACACGAUCACCAUCAACUUCAUCGCCAGCUACAGUGGUGCAAAGCCCAAGGUUACCUCUAUCGCAUUCAUUGACAAUGCUAUUUGUCUGAUUACGCUUUUUCGCGUGACUAAUGGUUACAGAAAGAAUUCGCAGAUGAAGUAUUGGUGUGCAGUGGUGGCCGUGGUGGGCGUGGUGUGUCCCGCGGUGACCCUGGCAUGCGGCGGGACGUUUCAGGAGGCGAAGGGCACCAUCAGAAGCCCCAGAUACCCGCUGAGAUACCCACACAACAAGGAGUGCAUCUAUAGAAUUCUGGCCAGCGAGGACGCGCGCAUCAAACUCUCUUGCUCCAGAAUCAAUCUCCAGCAUUCCCGGGGCUGCCAGAACGAUUCCCUUAGCAUCAACGGAAUCCACAAGUGCGGGAAUUCCAGACUCGUCAACGUGUUCGGGCAAGGUGCCAUCACCAUUCGCUUCACCAGUGACGGAUCGGUGAGCAGGAGAGGCGGCUUCAGAUGCACCUAUGAAAGAAUCUCAGGCGGGGAGUAUGUGGAAACAGAGGGAACAGUUACGGAGAAUGUCUGCGGGAACACACCAACGACAACCAAACUACCGGCAACCACACAAACGACUCCAACGACUCCUGCACCACCAGCGACCACAGCUCCGACGACUGCACCGCCGCUGACGACCACAACACCUGCUACUACCACCUCCUGUACCUCAGAUGAAACAGACUACGACUAUGACGAAGUGUUGCAUAAGUCACUGCUGUUCUACGAGGCCCAGCGCUCCGGGUUCCUCCCCGCCUCGCAGAGAGUGACGUGGCGGCGAGACUCUGCCACAGAUGACGCCAUUGACCCCGACACCAACCAGCGAGUUGACCUGGAGGGAGGCUACUAUGACGCUGGUGAUUACGGUAAAUUUGGUUAUCCAAUGGCGAGUGCCACGACUGUCCUGGCCUGGGCUGUGGAGUACGCCGAGGCCUACCAGGCAGCAGGUGAGAUGGCGAACAUGCGUGCCGCCGUGAAAUGGGCUACAGACUACUUUCUGAAGGCGCACGUUGCUCCCAAUGUCUUUUAUGGUCAGGUGGGGAAUGGUGAAAUAGGUAACAAUUAUUGGGGUCGUCCUGAAGACAUGAACAUGUACAGACCCGCCUACAAGAUCACGGAGAGCAAGCCUGGCUCUGACCUGGCCGGGGAGACAGCCGCUGCCCUCGCUGCCGCUUCCAUUCUCUUCAAGGACUCGGAUUCCGCCUACAGUGAUAGCUGCCUCCUGCACGCACGGCAGCUGUAUAGUUUUGCCAAUAACUUCCGGGGGAAAUACUCCGAUUCUAUUCCCGAUGCGGCCAAUUUCUACUAUAGCUGGGGAGUUUAUGACGAUGAACUGGCCUGGGGAGCGCUGUGGCUGUACCGAGCCACUGGCGAGGAGACAUUCCUCACGCAGGCAAAGGCUCACUACUCGAAUAUCUACAUCAGCGGCGUGCAAGAGUUUUCUUGGGCUGAGAAGACUCCCGGAGCCAUGGUGUUGCUAGCACAGUUGACUGACGCAUCCGAGAAACAGAUAUAUCUUCAGCAUCUCGAAAGUUUCUGCAACAAAAUCAUCAAUGAAAAACCUAGAACUCCCAGAGGUCUUGUAUUUAUUGGUAAAUGGGGUUCCUUGAGAUACGCCGCCAACGUGGCUUUCGUGUGCUUGAGAGCAGCUGACUUGGGAAUCAAGAGCGAAGAGUACCGGGCAUUUGGCAAGCAGCAGAUUCACUACAUGCUGGGAUCCACGGGCCGCAGCUUCGUCGUGGGUUUCGGCAACAAUCCUCCGCAGCGUCCACACCACGCCAGCAGCUCUUGCAAGGACCCGCCUGAACCUUGUUCAUGGCCUGAUUUUCACAGUCCCUACCCAAACCCACAUAUCCUUUAUGGCGCUCUGGUCGGCGGUCCGGGCCAAGAUGACAGUUAUGCUGACGUGAGGAGCGAUUAUGUCAAGAAUGAAGUGGCCUGUGAUUACAACGCUGGAUUUCAGUCCGCUGUGGCUGCUCUACGGCAUCUUGCACGAUGCAGCGGCAGCACGGUGACCACAACCACUGCACCGGUGACGACACGACCUUCCGGCACCACCACGCAACCUCCCACAAGGCCUGGUCCUCAGCCCACCACAGAUGGCGGAGGUUCCUCCAGUUGCGAUAUGGUUGAGCAGACAAAUGAAUGGUUAGGAAACUUUCAGGCAAAUCUGAUUAUACAAGUUCCUGUUACAGUAAAGUCAUGGACUGUCAUGCUUAUCUUCUCCGGUGUUGUGACGCAGUUCAGGGUGUGGGUAGCGAUCCCAUCCUCCGCGCCCAGCAAGACCAUUACUCUCACCAACAAGUCAUACAACGGGUGGCAGACAGCUGGUAAUGCGCUCACCAUCAACUUCAUUGCUAGCUACAGCGGACCGAAGCCUGAAGUUACUUCUGUAUCCUUCAAUGACGUAUCACUUUGUAGCAGAGGCACCACACUAGGCCCCGCCACGCCCGCUGAUACCACCACGAGAGGCGGAGGCUCCUCCAGCUGUGACAUCAGUGGCAUGGUGCAGCAGACACACGAGUGGUUAGGAAACUUCCAAGCAAACUUAGUUGUAAAGAUUCCCUUCAGUACACAAUCUUGGUCCAUCAAGCUCACUUUCUCUAGUGCUGUGAGUCAGUUCCAGGUAUGGGUGGCCGAUGCUCUCCCCACGUCCAGCACGAUCGUCACUCUCACCAACAAAUCAUACAACGGUAUGCAGACGGCUGGGAACACGCUCACUAUCAACUUCAUCGCCAGCUACGUGGGCACCAAGCCUCAAGUUACUUCCAUCACCUUCAAUGACUCCCUCCUCUGCAUCGACUGACGUGGUCGCGAUAGCAGACUCCAUGCACGGCUGCUGCAUGGAGUGAGUGCCGAUCAGCACAAACCUAACAUGAAGCAGAAUCAGCAGAAACCAAUAUUUCUAUCUUGAAGAUACAUGUAAUGAGAAGACUCCCACGCUAUAAUACUUUCAGCAGCGCUAUGUAGCAUGGAUAGUGUAAGUGCAAGAUCAAUUUCGCAUAAGCAUCUGAUUGUAGCUACUAUAUGAAUCAAAAUAAAGCACAAGAUGACUAUUGUAAACCAAUAUAGAACCAACUCUCAAGGGUGAGAUCCAGCUCAACACCUGUACGAAAUGAAAAGAUAUAUUCAUU